AUGCGUCUUUACUACGUGCCACUCCUAGCAGCAGCUGGUCUACCUGCAGGUGCUCAUGGCCGUCAAGCUAUUGUCGAUCCUCCUGAAGCAUGGCACCAGGAAGUGUCGGUCGCACUGGAGAAAGGUGCCAAGGGAAGGCGCAUCUAUGACGAGUCCGACGACGACUUCGACGAUCGCUACUACAACCCUUACAACCACAACAACGACUACCACAACGGCGAAUAUAGUGACUACAGCAGUGACACGGACAACAACAAUCACGACAAUGUCAUCAGAAACGCCUUCUAUAACCUGGAAGAAGAUAGGUCCAUCUUUUCGAAUUCCAAGGACACGAAAAAAGGCGAUCGCGAAGCUGAAGGUGAAAGCGAAAGCUCAAGUGCAUCCAGCUCCGACAUAUCGUCGAUGAUGCCGUCAAACGGUGCGCCGUUGGCGGUCCCUGCUAAACGACGCGAUCGCUUGGACGACUCUGUCAAGCGGCUGACGAACUCUGUUGGUGACGAAAAGCCGGCAAACAACUAA